AUGGCGCCCAUAUCAGCCGUGUGGACGAGCAAGUCGCCCAAGCCUCUGCCGCAAUUCUCCCAGGCAGUCAAAUUCAAUGGCAUGGUGUACUGCUCCGGCAACAUCGGGUUGGAUCCCGCGACCUCGAAGCUCGUCGAUGGUGGCGUCAAAGAGCAAACGCGUCAAGCUCUCAAAAACCUGUCCGCCGUUCUCGCCGAGGCGGGCAGCGGAAUCAGCAAUGUCAUCAAAGUCAACGUCUUUCUAACCACGAUGGACAACUUCGCAGCGAUGAACGAGGCGUAUGAUGAGUUCUUCAAUACGGAGACCAAGCCGUGCCGUACUUGCGUGGCAGUUUACCAGUUGCCAUUCGGCGCCUUGGUUGAGAUUGAGUGUACGGGGUUCUUGAAUCCUACUGCCAAGAUUUGA